CGCCCCGACGCGUCACCCACUGCCAGCCCGCCCCCGCAAGGCGUCCGCGAGGGGAGUCGGAGACCGAAGCCGUUGAUUCCAUCUGAAUGAAGACUGAAGCCAGCCUAUGUGCUGGCACUCAUAGAUUGUGAACGAUGGUCUGAAGCUCGGUGUUUAAACGAGGGCUGUUUCUCUGAUGAAAACUCUGUUUUGUCACAUAUUCUCUGAAUGAGAUCUGGAUCAGAAGAGUUGAGAAUUUUUUGUUCACUAAUAGGGCUACGAAGCUUCAUAUGCUUGGCUGAUUUAUAGUGCGUCACCUUUUAGACCGAUGAACUGCCAAUCGUUUUGUCUGCAAUGCUGCUGAUACCCAAGCUCUGAAUUCAUGCUGCUGAAGGAGCCUCACAUUUGUAGCAGAUUAGAAUUGCACUGCUUUUCACCCAAGAUCUGAACAGAAGCAAUAGAGUGAACAUGGCUGCUUUCAUUAACAGAAUACUGUUGAUAUUUCUAAUCCUUCAAAACAGAUGUAUGUGUCAUGAGAGUGCGCUCUCUCUCUUAAAAAGACAUCAACAAAGCCCAUGGGGAUUCAAUUCAGAUUGUUCCAAAAGCAGUCAUCCAGAGAUAUCACCAGACUCUCCGAACUUUAAGCUUGAAGUUAGAAUGCCUGGAGUGACACCUUUGAUGCCCGAUAGCUACUUUUGCACAUAUGUUCCAGUGCCACCAGGUCAGAAAUCUUACAUAGUUGACUUUAAACCUCAUGCAAACAUGGACACAGCUCAUCACAUGUUAUUGUUUGGAUGCAGAUUGCCAGCCACAAAUGAGGAUUACUGGGACUGUGGCAACAGAUAUGGAACAUGCUUACGCGAAGCUGCAAUCAUGUAUGCAUGGGCUAGAAAUGCUCCACCUACACAAUUACCUGCAGAUGUUGCGUUUAGAGUUGGUGGAAACACAGGUAUUAACUACAUAGUUCUUCAGGUUCAUUAUGGAGAUGUGACUGCAUUUAGAGAUAACCACAAAGAUUGCUCAGGUGUAACUUUACAGAUGACGUUUCUUAAACAACCUUUGAUUGCUGGCAUAUAUCUCCUCAUGUCUGCUAAUGCUGUGAUACCACCAAAUGAGAAAGUUGUAAAUGCAGAUAUUGCCUGUGCAUACAAGCAGACCACCAUACAUCCAUUUGCCUUCAGAACACAUACUCAUCAAUUAGGUCAGGUGGUUAGUGGAUACAGAGUAAGAGAUGGAAAAUGGACAUUAAUUGGUCGACAGAGUCCACAGUUACCUCAGGCUUUUUAUCAUGUGGAAAACUCAAUGGAUAUUGAAUAUGGUGACACCAUUGCAGCCAGAUGUGUUUUCACCGGCAAAGGAAGGACAACAGUUACACGGAUAGGACAAACUUCCAAAGAUGAGAUGUGCAAUUUGUAUAUCAUGUAUUACAUGGAUUCUAAACAUGCCAAGCCAUACAUGUACUGUAUGCAAGAGGGAAAUCCUGAAUUGUUUAAGCAUAUUCCUCCAGAAGCAAAUAUUCCAAUUCCUUUCAGCCCAAAUAUGGCUAUGCAUGGACAUCAUGCAGAUGAAGAGCAGCUAAAUGUUAAUGAAAUACUCCAGCAACCUAAAGGAGAGGAAGAAGUGGUUCUUGAUCAGGGUAACUUUUAUGCACUCAUUUCCAAGCUCUUAGGGGAAAGAGAAGAUGUUGUCCAUGUACAUAAGUACAACCCUGCACACAAGGCAGAAUCUGACCUAGUUGCUGAGAUUGUUAAUGUGGUACAAAAAAAGGACCUGGCUUCUGGUCCAAGUGAGUUCUUGCAACUUGAUGAAAGGUCUGCCUCUCCCUUAGUAAGAGACAGAGUUCACAGAUUCCACAAGAUAGCGUCUACACCAAGGCCAUCCAGCCUUACCUUGCCUUCAACUCUGCAGCCUAGACCUUGGGUGGACAGCAGGGAAGGUGAACACAGAGUCCCACACGUGGAGGAAGUUGUAAACUGGCCCGGAGGGGAACUGAAACUGGGCCAAGUUUCCGGAGUUGCGCUGGAUUCCAAAAAUAAUCUUGUUAUUUUUCAUCGAGGAAACCAUGUGUGGGAUGAGAAUUCCUUUGAUCGAAAGCAUAUCUAUCAACCCCAGGGUAUUGGUCCAAUCCCAUACAACACUAUCCUCACUUUAGAUCCUGCGAGUGCAGAAGUGCUGAAUGCUGUGGGAGUAAAUACUUUCUAUCUACCACAUGGUGUAAGCACAGACAAAAAUGACAACUUCUGGGUAACUGAUGUGGCACUUCAUCAGGUUUACAAGCUGGAAAGCAACGGUGACAGAUUGUUGGUUCUUGGACAAGCCUUUCAGCCAGGAAGUGACAAAAAUCAUUUCUGUAAGCCCACUGAUGUGGCAGUUGAUCCACUUACUAGUAAUUUCUAUGUGUCUGAUGGCUACUGCAACAGCAGGAUUAUUCAGUUUUCUCCAGAAGGAAAGUUCAUCAUGCAGUGGGGAGAAGAAAGCUCACCUUCAGAGAUACCUAAACCAGGUCAAUUCUUCAUUCCACAUAGUUUGGCAUUUGUGCCUGCAUUAGGCCAGCUCUGUGUCGCUGACAGGGAGAAUGGGCGAAUCCAGUGUUUCACUGCGCAAUCAGGAGAAUUUCUUCGGGAGAUUCGGCAUCCUGAAUUUGGAGAGCGGCUGUUUGCAGUUUCCUACACGCCCAACAAUGGUGGUCAGUUAUAUGCAAUAAAUGGAGAGACUCUUGUUGGUAGAGGAGUGCCAGUACAAGGAUUUGUUCUGAAUUUUACAACUGGAGAAUUGCUGGAUAUAUUCAAACCAAGCAAACAGAAAUUCCUGAUGCCACAUGAUAUUGUUGCAGCGGCUGAUAAGACUGUUUUUGUUGGGGAUAUCCAAGCAAGCAGAGUGUGGAAAUUUAUACCUGCAGAAAAAGCUGAGCAUCGUUCAGUAAAAAAAGCUGGUCCUGGCAUUGAGUUGCAUGAGAUAGAUGCAACCGAAACAUUAAUCGAAGCAGAAUUAGAAACUAAGUUGAGAUCGCCUGAUGUGAUGGAGAAGCAUAAAAGCAAAAGUGUUCUCAAACAGUCCAGUACUGCCGUUUCUCCUGUACUUAUUACAUUACUGCUCAUUAUUCCUAUUGUGAUGUUGGUUGGAAUUGGAGUCUUCAUCCACUGGCGAAAGGGCAAGCUGUAUGGAGAGGAUGCUGACAGCAAAUUGGAGUCAAAGCAAUCUUCAGGAGGAAUCCUCGGCAGGCUUGGAGGAAAAAACAGCAGAGGAUUAAACCUGGGAAACUUCUUUGCAAGCCACAGGGGUUACAGUCGGAAAGGUUUUGACAGACUGAGUACUGAAGGAAGUGAUCAAGAAAAAGAUGACGAAGAAGGCACUGACUCUGAUAUAGAUGAGUGUUCUGCACCACCACUUCCACCCCCAUCAACCUCCUGAAAUAUACUGAUGCCAGUUUGAAAUACAUAGAGUUUAAUUUUGUUGCCCAAAAAGCAGAUGUAUUCAUGAUUUGUAUUUGACAGUAGUUGUAUUGAUCAGUUUUUGCUACAUGUACGUUUUUAUUUAUUUGUGAAGAAUUUCAUAUCAUGCUAUUGCUAUUAUAUUUAAACAAUCAAGUCAGUUUUAUUCUGGGGACCAGGAAUUAAUGCUGAAGCAACAUCUACUGCUUUGAGGCAUUAUAAAGAUUAUUUAAAUGUUACUGCCUUACUUUGCUGGAGCUGUCAACCUGUGUUGGUGAUUCAGUUACUUUUCUCUGCUUGAGGUAUAGCAUUUGGAUACUGUCCUGUCUGGCACUUUAGUUUGAUAUUUCCAGUGUGUAAUAUUGUGCCUUCUCUAUCAAGCAUUCUCAGUCUACUGUAAUCCAGUCAUACUACAAAAGGGAAGCAAAGCUGCUACUUUUUGUCUUGGUUUAUAUCUUUAACUGUCUUGUUUUACUGGAGAAAACUGUUUAUACAGAGGAUUAAUCUGUAUGUACAGAAAGAUCAGUUUUGAUGUAUUCAUAGUUAAUGUCAGAUACUUCAGUUCUGGGGGAGAUUGUUAUUUUGUCAGAGCACUAUUUUCAGGCACUGAAUGUAAUUUGUGUAAUAAAGUGUUCACAAGCAUCA